AUGUGCUCGGUCGGGGAGCUGCUGCGGGGCGGCGGAGGCAGCGCGGAGCGCGACGAGGACGGGGAGGCGCGGGCGGAGCGGGAGCCCGGGGCGAGCGGCCGGCGGCAGGAAGACGGCGAGCAGGACAUUGAAGAAUCACAGAGCCACAGUGAUGCACCAGUUGUUGAUGACUACAAAAAGAUGGGAACACUGUUUGGUGAACUGAACAAAAACCUCCUCAACAUGGGCUUCACAAGGAUGUAUUUUGGAGAACGAAUUGUGGAACCAGUGGUAGUCAUGUUCUUUUGGCUUAUGCUGUGGUUCCUUGGCCUACAAGCCCUUGGACUGGUGGCUGUUCUUUGCCUUGUCAUUGUCUAUGUGCAGCAGUAAAGCAUAGCUGAAUGACUUGUUGGACUUUGGGUAGAUAUGUUUGUAAUUAAUUAGCUAUGUGUUCUGGCUUUUUGAAAGCCAAAAUCAUUCAGCUUAUUUCAUAUUGUAUGCUGGCUGUUUUGUAAUUAAAAUUAUAAGUGAAUCUUGUUCAAAAAGUAAAUUCUUUGAUAUAACAAGGUUGAAUAUAUUUUGAAUAUACUAGCUUACUCAAAAUUCUUACUUAACUAUUAUGCUCUGUACCCAUUUCUAGACACUUAUUUCCUCAUGCCAAAUCUUAACACCAUCAAAUAACAAGCAGGGAAUACAAAGUUAAAAUCAAGCAAUGUAGUUAUAAAGAGUUCCAAUAAAACGUUUCAGAAAAAAAAUCUCAGUUAUAAUUAGAAAACUGUUCCACCCCCACUCCCAUCAAAUCUCCCAUAUUAUUUGGGAAAUACUUGUUUUUCUGCUGUUCCUGCUUAUCCCAAACCAAAGUAAAUGGUAAUUACCAUACAUUACCUUAAUGUUGUAGUAAAAAUGAAUAAAGCUAGCAUAUUUUCUAAAGUUUUGAAAGAAUAUAUUUAUUAUUGUAGGAAAGUUCAGGUUAAAUAUAACUUUUAAUGAUGUUAUACUCAGGCCUGGAAUUUCCUUGGUAUACUAUUUGAACAUUUACAGUGUUGGUGCUAAUUACUUUUUUGUGUAUUUUUAAGUCUCAUCAACCAAGGUGGCUCACUUAUGGUAAUGUAGAUUUUCAGGAAUUUAACCAGUUGCAUGUUUUUCCUACAGACAUUUUCAGUGUAUUUUUUCAAAAGUUUAUAAUUUUAUAGUUCUUUUGUAAUAAUUUUACACUUAAAACAAUGUAUUUCCUAUCUUUUAAGGGGAUUUUCCACCAAAAGUUUGAUUUAUAUUUUAAUGUUAAUUUAUGAAAAAUAAGAUUAUUUUUUGUUAAUGUCUGUGUUAGAGGGUAAAGAAUUACAGAACUAAAUUAGAUGCUCAAAUUUAUAACUUAACAGUCUCCUAAAGUCAAUUGGUUAGCCAUGUUUUUAAUGUGUUUUAAUUCAGUACUAUGGAGUUUUAGAUUGAAAUAAGCAUUUCUUUAAAUACAUUUUGAAAAUGAAAAUGACUUUGAUACUUUGGGUUUCAUUAGAAAACUAAUCUUUACAUUUUUGUCUCAAAGUCUAUUUGUACCAAAAAAAAGGUUGUUAAGCUAAUUGUCUAGGAAUUCAAGAUAAACAAGAAAAGGGGUACAAGGGUACUUUUAUCUAGCAAUGGCAAUAACUAAAACAAGAGAUUGUCUACUAAUCCACUUGAUAAAGUUUUUACUCAAUCCAGUUUUAAAAAUUUGUUCUGUGAGUUCUCAGUGUCUUUCCUUCUGAAGCACAAAAUAAUGAAAACAUUUAACUUAAAUUUCUAGAGUCAGAUAAUCCUAAGGGGGGAAAAAAAAGUCAGGGACAGUAAAUGUAUUAUAUAUGUAUAUGAGUAUACGUCUUUUAAAAAGUUUUUAUUGUAUCAUUGUGUUUUUAUUUGGCUUGUAACAUUUUUGUAGUUACCCAUAUGAGCUCAGCAUAGGAGCUAGAUGUUUUCAUUUGUAUACAGUAAGACUACAAAGUUGCAAUAGAAGUCAUAAGAUUUGGCAUAUCUGCACAAAAUAUUAAUAAGUACAUUCUUUUCUAGUGCUACCAGGAAUUUUAGUUUCCCUUUGGAAUGUAAAAUAAAAGGCAUAGUGGACAUAAUAAUAGUGCUGGUUCCACUAAUGCUUUACUGUUGAAAAUAUUUUAAGUCCUAGGGGCUCUUAUUAGUCACACUGUCAGUACUGUGUAUCUGUGCACUGGUGUUAAUAGGGUAUUGUCCAAUUAAAUAAAGACCUAGAAGAUGUUUUGAUGCUCUUCUUCCUGCAUAUAUUAUUGAUUAGUGCAAUAUGCCAUCACUUUUUCACUUGUUAUGAGGAAAACACAGACUGAUGGAUAUAAAAUAUUUUCUUUUGGUGAAAUAAAUUAGACUAUAGAUUGUACUGUUAUCCUAAAAUGAAACUGCUAAUUUCUUUGGUUCAUGAUGUAACAAAUUAGACUGAAGACAAUUCUUAGUCAUUCAAGUCUUAAAAAUAAGACAAUUAUAGAAACAUUGUUUACAAACCAAGAAGUAGAAGUUACAGUGCUAUGGUUAUUAGAUUAUUACUAUUUACACUAUCGAUAUUCUCUACCUUCAAUUAAAAGAGUUUGGAACUAUAAACAAACUGACUAUUCAUUAGUAAAUCAAUUUAAUAUUUUGUAGAAAUCAGUCUUCAUGUCCUAAGCAGGCCUUCCAAUCAGAACAUUUCUACACUGCAGCCAGUUUGCACUGGCUUCAAGAGCCACUGGUGUGCAUUUUAUCUGCUUUCAAUGACAUUGAGUUAGUAGCAGAAAUGGCUGUGGUGGUAGUGCUUCCCUCAUAAGAAUUUGUGAGCACUUAUAAAUAAGGAAAGCAUUUGUUAAAAAAAUACCUCAGCAUACACAGAUUAACCACACUGAGAGCCACAUUCCCAUUUCUUCUCCUACAGAUUUAAAAGAAAAGAAACAUACAUGUUUUCUGUAACAAGAGAAAACACUAAAGUUAAAUCCCUGCCACCCAUUCCAUAACCAUCCCAUGUAGGGAUCAUGGAACUUGUCUCUGAUCAAAGGCUUUGAUCAGAGAAAAUCUGGGCUGUCACUGAGCUGCAAUUCUACAAGAGAAUAUCCAACAGGGCAGGAAAGGAAAACUUAAAGACACUGGGACACCAAUUUCAACUUGAGUUGUAACAUAAAAAUCUUAAAAAUAGUCAAAGCUAGCCAUAGGGCUCUUUGAUUUGGAGAUUAUAUUUUAUGUCUUAAAAAAAUUUGUUGAUUUUAACAUUUAGAAUGUUAUAAUAAACAUUUAUAAUUUAUAAACAUAAUUUGUAAUUGUUAUAAUAAACAUUUAGAAUGUUUUGACUUUACAGGGUAGAAAAAAUAAAAUGAUUCCAAUGAUGUUUUAUGCCUAUUAGUACUUCUAGUAAUAGACUUUGGCAAAAGAACAUGAACUAAUAUACAUAUUAUCACGUUGUGCUUAUUGGUGGAUUCAGAGUCUUAUAACUUUUAUUUCCUUGCCUGACAUUUUUCGUGUUCACUGAAGAUAAGCCCCACAGCCUGCUCUCUCAGCACUCCACUGGUGACCAUGCCACUACUCCAUGCGUGCAGUUUCUUUGUGCAUACUGCAGCUCCCCAGUCCAUAGCUCUGUUCACACCAAGGAACUUCCAUCCACUCAGUUGCUUGCCUGAUAGUUGCAUAGUACCUAAAUUCAGCAUGACGUAACAUGAGUAGUAUGUAUUUCUGUCCUCAGCAAGGGAUACUAUCCUCUCCCCAGCUACUCAGGUAGGAAUUGUAGGUGUCAUAUAUGGCUAUAUGGCUCCUGACUCUCCUAUUCUGCCCACAUAAAUAAAGCAGUUACAAAUCCCGUCUAUUUUUAAACAUUUCUUUGACCUUUUUUGAUGCCCAGCAUCAUUGCCUUACUACCUUAAUUCACAUAGCCAUCACUGCACCUUGAAUUCCAUCAGAGAAUCCUACUUGGUUCCCUUGCCUUCAUUUCUCACUGUAUAGUUACAGUAGUAUUUCUAAACUAUUGCUGUAAAGCAUGUACCUUGGUCGUAUAUUGCAGCCCUUUAUGAACUACCUUUCCUUCCCAAGACUCUGCUAUCCUGAACUUUCUGACUUCCAGAAUUUUGUCCAUGCUUUACCUUCUUUAGCCCCUCCCACCCAGAGUGACUACCAGCUACAUAGCCGUUAAGUCCUCAGCUUAGACAUCAGGUCCUUCAAGAAAACUCCUUUAGGGCGGGAGAGAUGGCUUAGCGGUUAAGCGCUUGCCUGUGAAGCCUAAAGGUUCCAGGCUCUAUUCCCCAGGACCCAUGUUAGCCAGAUGCACAAGGGGGCGCACGCAUCUGGAGUUCGUUUGCAGUAGCUGGAGGCCCUGGCGCGCCUAUUCUCUCUCUCUCUGCCUCUUUCUCUCUCUCUCUCUGAUGCUCUCAAAUAAAUAAAUGAAAGUAAAAAAUAUUUAAAAAAAGAAAAAACUCCUUUAAAUCCAGUUUUGGUGCAUUCUGUGUUUGGCCCCUUCCUCGUUGUGUGGAAACUGCACUUCCCCUGUCAACACUUAGCAUGCUGAUCGGAAUAGUUUCUCAGCUUGCACUGUUGCAAUACCUUGCUUGUCUGCUUCUUCCUUCACACAAGAGACUUCCCAAGAGCAGAGACCCACCUAUCAUGUCAGAAACUGCCUUGCCAGUGCCUAACAAAGUCAUGGCACUUCAUAGGUGCUGAUAAUAUUUAUCAAAUGAGAAAACAACCUCAUUUACUCACCCUCUCCCGUCCAUAAGGACACUUGCCUACCAUGCUAAAAAUCCUUAGUUUGAUACCCAGCAAUGUAAAAGUAAAAAAGAAAGAAAAGGAAGCAAAAAAAUGAUCCAAUUUGUUGCACUUUUUAGAAUUCUUUGACUCCAAAAAUAUUAAUUGUAUAUAAAAAUAGUGAUUUGGGAUGGCCACUUGUAAUUAGUAAAGUUUAAUCAGUUUGGGUUGCCAUUGCUGUUUGUGUACAUGUACAGUAUUAUUACUAUAUACUUGUAUUUUUAGAAAAGAUGUAUUUCAAUGUCAUGGUUGGUUGAUUUAUUAUUUCUCCAGAAAGUGUAUUUUAUAGUACAUACUGUCACUGUUGCUCUAAAAUUUCAUAUGUUGCAUUAUUUUUUAAUGGAAUUACCUAUGAAAUUUAAAAUUUUUUUUUUUCAGAAAGCUCUGAAACUAUAAGCAAAAUUCUCAAGUAGCUAAGCCUGAUAUUUUGGGCCACAAACAAAUUCACUAGACACUGUAUGCCAAUAGCCCAGACUUGCUAUGUUAAAUAAUUUUUAAUCUAAUAAUACUUUGUUAGUCUUUCUAAUAAAUACUAUUCUUUCCCAA